AUGGAGCUUCUUACGGGGGACAAUUCCACUACAGUUCUGAACGCUUCGCUCACAGCGUAUGUGAACUACCUGGUUCUACGCUAUCUUUCGAGUUACUUUGCAGUAUGUGUUUUCACGACUCCAUCCGACGACAUCCAGAUCAACAUGCCUGUCCCGGUUGUGGUCAUUUCGAUCGAUUCCAGCUUCAACCGUAGAUUUCAAGAUGCCGUUGACGGUGGAUGUCAAGCAUUCGUUGUGACCGAACAAGCGAUGACUCCUUUCCUGGAUGCGUUUGUUCCCGUCCAUGACAACUCAGAUCAACGGUCUUCGGAAAAGCAACUGCUGGUCAUGAUGGAAUCUGAAGAUGAGAUACAUUUGAAGAAAUUCACACAUCCAACUUUACUGGAGCUCGUCAACGUGGUGAUUGUGGUCCCAAAUCAUUCCACCGAGUCUGUAGAUCUCUACAGCAGUAAGAUUUUCAACGACGGGACAAGGAGUACAGUAAACUUCAGUUUUGAGCAAAUAGAAGGACCAGACUAUAUACCAGAUACGUACCAAAAUAUGAAUAAUGUUCCUGUUCAUCUAUGCACACUUAUGUAUCCCCCAUAUUCGUACUAUGAAGAAACUGUGGAUGAAAAAGCCAAUGCACGUUACCAUGCAUCUUUCAAAGAAAAAAACGUGUUUCUAUUUCUUGACGGAACCGAAGUAACUUUGAUCGUAGAGUUCUGUCGCAAGUAUAAUUGCUCCAUCGAAGUUUCAUUGGACGAAGAAUAUCUGUGGGGUGAAGUGUUUGACAACCGCACCGGAAAUGGCAUCAUGGGAAUGGUAGUAGAGCGCCGAGCAGACAUCGCAGUAUCCGCCAUCUACUAUUUGUCUAACAUAUUCAAAUUCGCCACGUACACACAUCCGCUGAGUCGUUCUGGAGUCACGGUUCUUGUUCCGAAGCCGCUUAUACAGCCACCCUGGCGGACACCAUUCCUAUGUUUCAGUCCCUCUCUAUGGUUAGCUGUAAUCGUAGCUUUCUGCGUUGGGGUUUUAACCGUAUGGUCGAUAGAAAAGGUACGCUUCCGGAUAUUGGAUCCCAACGAGCAACCGGUAACCUUCAGCGACUCGACGAUGACGAUGAUCAGUUUGUACGUGGAGCAAAGCUCUACGAUACGAAGCGACCUGCUGUCCUGCACCUUACUGUUUAUCUCGCUGAUGUUCGCCGGUUUCAUGAUUGGUAGUGCUUACAACGGAGGCCUGGCAGGGGUAAUGACCAUACCACAGCACGAGAAGUCCAUCGAUACGGUGCGGGAUUUGGCCGACACUGGAAUGCGAUGGGGAGCAACGGCUCUACCUUGGUUGAUCCCUAUCAUGACAGCACCGCAGCCUUACAUGAAACGCUUGGUGUCCACCUAUCGAGUAGUGGAUGAAGAAUUCAUCACCAAACACACCAAACUGCACGAUAUGGGUUUCGUAGGUGAAAGGACCGAGUAUAAUCAUUUCGUUCCGGAGGAUUUUGUAGAUAGUGAGGCGUCGAAUAUGCUACAGCUGCUCAAGGACGAUCUUUACUGGGCGAGCGCAGCAGCUAUAGUCACAAAAACUUGUCCAUUCCGACAGAAGCUUAACGAUUUCAUCAUGCUUGUUAAGCAGUCUGGCAUACAGUACUACUGGGAGCUACAAGCUUCCAACAAAUAUCUGAAUGGAUCGAUUCAAACCACCAUUUUGAAUGCCCGAUCCGCGGGGUCGAGAUCAAAAGGACACAUGAUGAAACUAACCGUUUUGCACUUUCUAGGAGCGUACAUGAUUCUGGCCGUUGGUCUUGGACUCGCCUCAAUAAUGUUCCUUUGGGAGAUUUCUCAAACUCGUAAAACAAACUUAUCGAAUAGAAGGAAGCAGACUAAACGGGAAGGCUGAAAUGCUUCACUGUGUACCUUUUUUGGCAAUCCAAAGCAACGUGAUAGUUAUUCUGCAACUUUAUAAUAUUUCUAGAAUAUUUCUAGAACCAUAACUAUAUAUUAACAGAUUUUGUAGGGUGUACAAUACAGAUUCAUGCAGAUGAAAAAAUAAUAAUGAAUAAUACCACUUCAUAAAGUCGGUUUAGGGCUGCCAUUUUUAUUUUUAGUGCAACAGUUUUGCUUUGAACUCCUUGCAGGUGCUUGGAUGACGAUCAGUCUGGAGAAUUAACCCUCAGGUUUGCAGAAGCUAACCCCUUUUAUCUAUCCCUGGUACGAUUGAAGCUCUUACCGGAGAAGGCUGCUCAAUCAUUUCUUAGAACGCUUGCAUUUCGGCCGGUUCGACAUGAAGCAUGGUAAGGAUAACGUACCACGUACUCACUUACCUACUUGCCUAAACGGUGCUGGGAUAAAAGAAACCACAAAGCAUGUAUUGAGGGUAGAAAGUUCGUUAGUACUGGGUACCACAUAAAUAAAUAAAUAGAGGAAGGUAACUGGGUCGUUCCUUUGACAGCGAUAACCCAAACUACCCAAGAAUUGUAACGAAGUGAAGCGUUUCCUCCCGAAGUAGUACUUAAAGGUGCAACGCGAAAAAAAGAAAAACAAAAUGAAUGGUGGCUCCAAAGAGGAUCGAAGCAUGUGGCCAAGUUGUUUAUAAUGUUAGAGCCUAAGGUGUCUCAAAUCUUCACAAAUCUUCUAAUAAAU